AUGUCCACGCCGUCCGCGCUCGCUCGCGCCCACGCGCGCGGGACCGCCGUGCACGCGUCGACGUCGACGAAACCAUCUCGACGCCAACGCCCCAGCCGCCGCGCCCUCGACGCGUCUCCGCGGAGACGUGCGCGCGCUCGAGCGUCGUCGGCGUCCGCGGAGGAGUCGUACGACGUCAUCGUCGUCGGUGCCGGGCACGCCGGGUGCGAGGCCGCGCUCGCGAGCGCGCGCGUGGGGGCGAAGACGCUGCUCCUGACGCUGUCGCUGGACCGCGUGGCGUGGCAACCGUGUAACCCGGCGGUGGGGGGACCGGCGAAAUCGCAACUGGUGCACGAGAUAGACGCCCUGGGGGGGGCGAUGGGGAUCAUUAGCGAUAAGACGUACGUGCAGAAGCGGGUUCUGAACGCCAGUCGUGGGCCGGCGGUGUGGGCGCUGCGGGCGCAGACGGAUAAAUACGAGUACUCGCGAGAGAUGCGAGCGACGCUGGAAAAGGAGGAAAAUUUGAGCAUUCGGGAGGGGAUGGUGACCGAACUCCUGCUAGGGAAUAACGAUGACGUGCGAGGGGUGGUGACGCACUUCGGGAUGGAGUUCGAGGCCAAGGCGGUGGUGCUGACGACAGGGACGUUUAUGAAUGGGCAAAUUUGGGUGGGACGCAAGACGCUCGCGGCGGGACGCGCGGGCGAGGCCCCGAGCGAGGGCUUGACUGAGUAUUUACAAACCCUUGGAUUCGAGGUCGAUCGAUUAAAGACCGGAACGCCCGCGAGAGUGGAUACGCGAACGAUAGAUUACACGAAUUUGGAGGAACAACCGGGGGACGAGGACGUGCGAUGGUUCUCCUUUGACGAGGACGCGCACGUGGUGCGAGAGCAAUUGUGCUGCCACAUGACGCGAACAACGGCGGCGACGCACAAACUGAUAGAAGAGAAUCUAUUGGAAACGCCGACGUACGGUGGGUGGGCGGGCGAUAAAAUUGUGCGCUUUGCCGACAAGGAGAGUCACCAAAUUUUCCUCGAGCCCGAGGGUCGCUCCACGCCCGAGGUCUACGUGCAAGGUUUCAGCACCGGUCUACCCGAGAAAUUACAGCUCGAGCUUCUGCGCACGCUACCGGGGCUGGAAAACGUAAAGAUCCUUCGUCCCGCCUACGCGGUUGAGUACGAUUUUUUACCCGCGUAUCAGUGCAAGCCAACGCUCGAGACAAAGAAAAUCUCUGGGUUAUUCUUUUCAGGUCAAAUCAACGGCACGACGGGAUACGAGGAAGCUGCGGCGCAGGGCUUACUCGCGGGUGCAAAUGCGGCCCAAAUCGCGAAGGGUGGAGCGAGAAACGGUGCGAAGGAGCUCAUUUUUCCGCGUGAGAGCUCAUACCUCGGCACCCUCAUUGACGAUUUGUGCACCAAGGACUUGCGCGAGCCCUACCGUAUGUUGACCUCGCGAAGCGAGUACCGCUUGGUCUUACGCUCAGACAACGCAGACAUGCGUUUGACCCCUCUCGGCCGAGAGUUCGGGUUGAUUUCCGACGCGCGCUGGGCCAAGUUUGAGAAGAAGCGAGAUGCCGUGGAUAACGAAAUCGCUCGACUCCAAAGCGUCCGCGUAAACGUGAAGGAUGACUUCACGCAACGCGUGCUCGACCUCUCCGGCUCGGGUUCGCGUCAAAGCUAUACCUUGGAGGAGCUCUUACGCCGACCGCAGGUCCCCUAUUCUUUGCUUGAGGAGCACGGUCAAGGAAACCCUGAGAGCCCGCUCACGCGCUGGGAAGCCGAGGCGGUGGAGAUCCGCGUCAAGUACUCCGGUUUCAUCAAGCGUCAGGAGGUCCAGGUCGAGCGUGAAACGAGUAAAUUCGGCAAAAUCAUCCCCGAUGACAUCGAUUACGCCGCCAUUACCACCCUUCGCAAGGAGGCACGAGAGAAGCUCGCGCGCAUCCGCCCGGCCACCGUCGGUCAGGCGUCCCGCGUCGGCGGCGUCACCCCCGCCGACGUCAGUUCACUCCUCGUCCACCUCGAGGUCGCUCGCAGGCGCUCGCAGAACGUCGAUGACAACGCCUCGAUCGCUCGCGGAUGA